GUGCUUCCUCGCUUGUGCUCCGGGACACUUUCGCCCCCUUUCUCCCCUCUCCGUCCGCCUCUUUCUCCUCCUUUUUUUUUCCCCCCAAACUCCCAAGUCCGCUGCUACUUGGCCGGCAUUUGCAUGGAGCUCGGCGGACUAAAGGGGCGCUUUUGACGGGGGCGGGGGCCGCGAGCGAGCGCCGCGGCAGCAUGCGAGCUCAAACGCGGACACACUUUUAGCACCCCAAAAGAAAGGGAAAAAAAAGUUAUCAGGAACCACUUGUGGACGCUUCACGGCGUUUGUUUUUUUUUUUUUUUAACUUUCUACUUCUUCUUCCGGGCGAUGACCUCCAGUAAAGACAUGCAAGCGGGCUCCGUGUUGCAGUCCGCCCGCGAGGACAGGAGGCGGGCCCCCCUGGACCAGCUGCCGCCGCCGGCCCUCUCCAACAAGCCGCUGACGCCGUUCAGCAUCGAGGACAUCCUCAGCAAGCCGUCGGUCAAGAAGUCCGCCGCCUCCCCGGUGCCGUCCGCCGCCUGUCCCGGCAGGCCGAGGGUCCUGGAGAAGGUGGCCGCCGCCAACGCCGCCAGGAACGGCAUCAGCACGCCGUCGUCGCCGCUGUGCGCCCUGGAGGAGUUGGCCAGCAAGACGUUCAAGGGCCUGGAGGUGAACGUCAUCCAGGCGGCGGAAGGUCGGGAGCACCUGAACGCGUUCGGCCAGCGGCAGGCGUCGAAAAAGCGUCGGAAGUCGCGCACGGCCUUCACCAACCAUCAAAUCUACGAGCUGGAGAAGCGUUUUCUGUACCAAAAGUACUUGUCCCCUGCCGACCGGGACCAGAUCGCGGGCCAACUGGGCCUGUCCAACGCACAGGUCAUCACCUGGUUCCAGAACCGGCGCGCCAAGCUCAAGCGCGACCUGGAGGAGAUGAAGGCCGACGUGGAGUCCCUGAAGAAGAUCACGCCGCAGACGCUCCACAAGCUGGUCGCCAUGGACAACGCCGACGAGGCCCCGGCGGGGGGAGGCCGAGGCCGGGCGGGAGGGGAAGCCGGAGACGGGAGCUCUCCGGGCGGAUCCCCGGCCAGGGGCACCCCGCCUUCCUCCUCGUCGUCCUCGCACCGGAUCUUCCCCCAGUCGCCUUCCUCGUCCCGCGGUCAGACCACCGACGAGUUCUCGGAGGACGACGAGGAGAUCGAAGUGGACGACUGACAGCCUCCCUUUUCCGAAAAUCACAACAGAAGACAUCUCGAACGGGGCAUUUCCAAAUCCCAAACUUUUGCACGGAUAUUAAUACAAAAAAAAAAAAAAAAAAAAAGCAAAGGGGAGUGUUUUUCUUCUUAUGCUUUCCUUGAAUUUAAUUUAUUAUGGGACUUUGAAGAGGACUUACUCUUUUAAUAAACAAUUUAAUAGUUCAUCACCUUUCAUUAUUAUUUUUUAAAUUUGGACACCAGUUCGGAUGAUUGACAGGAGGUAUUAAAAGGCCAUCAUCAAGAUGAUGAAGAUGAUGAUGAUGAGCCACUGCAGCCUUUUAUACUCCUUCUCUGUAUAUACAUGCAGUAAAUAGAGAAAUAUAUAUAAAAAAAAAGGUCGACAUGAGAAUUUUAAUGUAUUUAAUCAUCAUCAUGUAA